ACAAUGUCAUUCGUUCGUCGAAGCCCCGAGAGAAACGAUGGAUUUCACCCACAAACGAGUCUAUCAGAUUUUGUCAGCGAUCCUAGACCCGUUGACGAGAGAAUCAGACGAAAAUGAAGAGGAUGAGACUUAACGCUGAAGUACCGAUACGUGCCCCUCAAAAUUGAUUAAAAAUAAUCUGUGACCGUGGAAAAAGUUCAUGUACGCUCUUAGCCUUUUAUUUCUGUCGGAUUAACUUGGAUUAGUAUCCGCGAAAGUUAUUAUGAAAUCGUCUACGUUUAAUAGAUCGCGAUCGGAAAAUAAUUUUUCUUCCGUAAAACUGCACGGACUCGACGAUCUGUUAUGCAGGAAACGAAUGAAAUUGUCCAAGACAUCGUUUCGAUUGUACGAUGUCGAAGACCGUCUGAAGACCAGUGAGAACGAAUUGGAGGAAGAGAAGACGAAUUAUUUUCCAAAUUGCGACGCGUCUGUCUGGAUGAGAUCUUGCAAGAAGGAAGUGAUCGAACCCAUAAUUGGCGAAGUGAUAGGGAAGAUACCAAGUUGGCUGAAAGGAACUUUGUUGAGGAACGGACCGGGUAGCUUGCAAGUUGGAGAAUACAGCUUCAAUCAUCUGUUUGAUAGCUCAGCUUUAUUGCAUCGAUUCGCAAUUGCUAAUGGGAAAGUGACGUACCAAUGCAGAUUCGUUCAGACAGACGUGUACAAGAAGAACAAUGCUGCCCAAAGGAUAGUGGUUACUGAAUUUGGCACGAAAGCAGUACCAGAUCCUUGCAGAAGUAUUUUCCAAAGGGUCGCAGCGGUAUUCAAACCUGAAGAUGACUCUGACAAUUCUAUGAUAUCUGUAUACCCCUUUGGUGAUGAGUAUUACACAUUUACGGAAACGACUGUGAUUCAUCGUAUCGAUCCAAAAACUUUGGAAACUACAGGCAAGGUAAACGUGUCAGAUUACGUUGGAGUUGUGAACCAUACAUCUCACCCUCACGUAAUGAACGAUGGCACCGUUUAUAAUUUGGGACUGAGCGUGACGCCAAGAGGACCUCUAUACAAUGUCGUAUGCUUUUCACCCAAUCAAAUGAUCAUUGAUGAUUCAGAAGAGGAGAAGGAAUUAUCUAUGUUCGACCAAGCCAUCAUCGUCGCCAGUAUCCCAUCUCGAUGGUUACUGAAUCCUUCUUACAUGCACACCUUUGGUAUCACUGAAAACUAUUUCAUUAUCAUAGAACAACCAUUAGCAGUGUCUCUGACCACCGUUGUAUCCUGCAAAAUGAAACAACAACCAAUGCGCGCAGCUUUGAAGUGGUACGAGAAGGAGAACACUCUUAUACACGUGGUUUCGAGAGAGACUGGAUUGUUGGAGAGGACGUUUAUUUCAGAGGCAUUCUUUUAUCUCCAUAUCAUCAAUCAAUUCGAAACACGUGAUCGUGAUUACGUGGUACUGGACAUCUGCUGCUAUCGCGAUGCCAAGAUGUUAGAUUGUCUAUUUGUCGAUGCAAUGAAGAAUUUGCACAAGAACCCUGACUAUGCCAAAAUGUUUCGGGGCAGACCUUUGAGGUUCGUAUUACCGAUGAAACGUCCACGGUCGGAUGUACCAUUAGAAUAUAAUUUGAUCACCACAAAAACGGUGAACCAAGGUCUGGAGUCUUUCCAAGACAACUCUGUCAGAUGUCAAAGUAAAUCUAGUUCAGAGUUCGUUGAAACGUCGACAAAUGACGAGGAGGCUAACAAGGGCAAAAAGAAUGAUUAUAAGAAUAUUCUUCAACGAAAAGCAACCGCUCAUAAGCUCGCCAAUGGUAGUAUCUUUGUAAAACCAGAACUUCUUUGCGAUCUGGGCUGUGAAACGCCACGUCUUAAUUACGACUCCUGUCUUGGAAGAGAGUAUCGGUACUUUUAUGCUAUUUCUAGUGACGUGGACUUGGAUAAUCCCGGAACGAUCAUCAAGGUAGAUAUCUUGGAAAAAACAAGGAAAACUUGGUGCGAAAAAAACGUUUAUCCAAGUGAACCGAUUUUUGUGCCGGAUCCUAAUGGCAAGAACGAGGACGAUGGCGUGGUUAUCAGUUCCAUUGUGUGGUCUGAUAAAGAGACACGCGUUGGAUUGCUGAUUCUAGACAGCGUGACUCUUACAGAAAUCGCAAGAGCCAUCUUCGAUACUCCUGGCCCUGUGCCAAAAUGCUUACAUGGUUGGUUUACCUUGGACAAGUAAAAUAAACUGGGGUUUUCAAGAGAUGGAUAUCGGAUCUUUGACUCAUUGAUGGAAAUGAUUUGGACGUUAUGUGACAUGUAUUAUAUCAAACAGUUGAUAUAUCUUUGUCACAUCAUAUUUAUAUUUUUCAGUUAUUUCCAUUUUGUUGGCUUGAUUAUUGCUUUAUUAGUAGCUUCGGAAUUAGAAUGUUCCUUUUGCAAACUGCAAACUGCAAACUGCAAACUGCGAUAUUAAGAAGAAUAUUAACUGCACAAUAUGUAUAUAAUAUAAUAAAUUAUUUAAUGUCUUCUCCCGAUUGUACAAUGUACUUAUAUUUGGCGAUUAGUGUUUUGCAUAAAGCUUCGAUGACGUGUAACGCAAAUAAAUUUACAAUAAAAUGGGAUGCAUCGUGAGAA